CCAGAAGGCGCCCGAGGGAGUCCCGAAACGGUCGCAGCAGAUCCCAAAGCCCAGCGGUCUGCAAGAGUUCCGUCAGGCUGGCCCGCGCCGUCCGGUGUCCUUGGAGCCGCGAUAACCUCGCGAGCAUCGGGCGGGCGAAGCCGUUGUCCACGCCGCGGCGCGCCAGGUAUUGCAGCCGCCGGGCGCUCGUGGUGCCCUCGCGCCAGGCCAGCCGGCGACUGCCGAACAGUCGGGAGAUGGUCGGUGGCGGGGCAGGCAGCCGCCGCCGCGGCGUCGAGCUCCUCCGUGGCCAUCCGCUGCCACGAGCCAUUGCGGCGGCGCGGCGGAGGCGGCGCCUCGGGCGCCCACAGGAGAGCGGCAUAGGGGCCCACAUUCUUGGGCGACACACGUUCGGGGUGCGGAAUGGCUGCUACAUGGCGCUGCCCACGACCAUGAUGAUCGCCGCGCUCCUGCACGAGAGAGAAAAUGGCCUCUACGACGAACUUACCGGCAAAAGCAUGGUGGUCGCUUGCGCGAUGGCUUCGGGUGGUGGGCUGUUGAUGUCCCUUGCUGUGGAUACCAGUCUGGAGGCUUUCCUCUCAGUGCUGCCCAUGGGGCUGCUCGGGUGCGCCGUCGGCAUGUUCAGGUGGAUUUAUUUGCAGAACUUGUUCCCGCAUGGGGAGGCGACCACGUGCGAUUAUACCUUUAAAGUGGCGGUGAUCAUGCUGUCCGCGACCGCGGCCUGCAGCGCUGAGAUAUCCGCCUUCUUCGACUGGCCCAGCUACAUUGACUUCGUGCACACUGGGAUCCCUCACAAGAGGUGGUUGGCGACCUGGACGUUGAUCGGAUCGUCCUCGGCCGCCCUGGUGCUGCUCGCGGAGCUGAGGCUGUUGCCGCACAUCUCGGUCUCGGUCAUCGGCCUCCCGCUGCCCGCCUGCAGCACCGCCGCCGCCGCGCUCUACAACGCCUGGCUGGGCAACUGGCUCGAGAUCCUCGGUGGGGACUUCCGCCUGCCCGCCCUGUGGUACGUGGGCCUCGCAGUGUACGUGCUCUCGCUGUGGCGUUUCGCGCGCGUGCGCUGGGCGGAGGCGGUCUUCGGCGCGGGCGCCGCUGAGCGAGAGGAGCCCACGCCCCCCCGGACGUCGCCCGGCCGCCACGCCGCGCCGGCCGCGCCGAGCCUGGCGCGCCCCGGCCCCGGGCGAGGCUACGCCCCGCUGCCCGGCGGGCCUCGGGCGCCCACGCGGCCGAGGCCGCCGAAGAGGGUCACGUUCGCGUAGGUGGAGGAGCCCGGCCAAAAUCUCUGUGGGCGGACGACAUCGUGAAGUACGAGAACAAUCCGGAAUGGUUCAGUAUCGCUCCAACUGCUGAGUGGGAGCGCCUUGAGGCUGGAUUCCUGUCUUUUGCCAGGCCUUGAACUUUUUACAGCUUUUCACGGCAAUGCAUCUGUAAUGCUUCCUGGGGCGCUCGGGCCCCCACCCCGCCUAGUCCCCUCGCGUGGAUUCUUGUACGCGCGCAUCGCUUCGCUUAAGGAUAAGCUCGAGGCUGGUUAGCAGUGUUUGACACCAGAUUCCUCUCGUCGGAGGGCGCCCCUCACUCCGAUGUGCACUACGCUUCGGGCGAAGGCCCGCAUACCCUAGUGUAUAGCUGCGCGGCUCCCAGUUCUGGCUGGCGCCCGCCCGAAGAGAGGCCCGGCGCGCCCUCUGCGCGGAAGCCCGGGAGCCGCGGCGCCCGGGAUGCAGGUCCUGGUAGGCCGCGCGCAGCAGCAGACCAACCUCGUGCCGCGCGCCCGGGGCGGCGCCGACGGGUGGGCUCCCGAGCGAGGCCGCGCCACGAGAAAGAGCAUCGCCGUG